GCAGCUGGAACGCGCAGGGCGGCGCGGCGAGGCUCGGCCUGGCCGGUGAGCCGCGCGCAGGAUGGGCAGAUGUUGCUUCUACACGGUGGGGACGCUGUCCCUGCUUCUGCUGGUGACCAGCGUCACGCUGCUCGUGGCUCGGGUCUUCCAGAAGGCCGUGGAUCAGACGAUCGGGAAGAAUAUGGUGUUGCGGAAUGGUACUGAGAUCUUUGACUCCUGGGAGAAGCCCCCUGUGCCUGUGUAUGCCCAAUUCUACUUUUUCAAUGUCACCAACCCAGAGGAGAUCCUCCAAGGAGAGAAACCUCGGCUAGAAGAGGUGGGGCCAUACACAUACAGGGAACUCAGGAACAAGGCAAAUGUUCAGUUCAGAGACAAUGGAACAACAAUAUCUGCUGUUAGCAAUAAGGCAUAUGUUUUUGAAAGAAAUCAAUCUGUUGGAGACCCUAAAGUUGACUUAAUUAGAACCAUAAAUAUUCCUGUAAUGACUGUCAUAGAAUGGUCCCAGAACCACUUCAUCAGAGAGAUCAUCGAGGCCAUGCUGAAAGCCUAUGAACAGAAGCUCUUUGUGACUCACACAGUUGAUGAAUUGCUCUGGGGCUACAAAGAUGAGAUCCUGUCUCUCAUCCAUAUCUUCAGACCCGAUAUCUCCCCCUAUUUUGGCCUGCUCUUUGGGAAAAAUGGGACAAAUGAUGGAGACUAUGUUUUUCUAACUGGAGAAGACAAUUACCUUAACUUUACAAAAAUCGUGGAGUGGAAUGGAAAAAGGUCACUUGACUGGUGGACAACAGACAUAUGCAAUAUGAUUAAUGGAACAGAUGGCGAUUCUUUUCACCCAUUGAUAACCAAGGAGGAGGUCCUGUAUGUCUUCUCUUCGGACUUAUGCAGGUCGGUGCAUGUAACAUUCAGUGACUUUAAGAGCAUUCAUGGACUGCCUGCCUUUCACUAUACAGUGCCUGCUGAAGUCCUAUCCAAUACCUCUGACAAUGCUGGCUUCUGCCCACCCAGUGGCAAUUGCCUGGGCUCAGGAGUGUUGAAUGCCAGCAUCUGUAAGAAUGGUGCUCCCAUUAUCAUGUCUUUUCCACACUUCUACCAAGCAGAGGAGAAGUUCACUUCGGCCAUACAUGGCAUGAAUCCAAAUAAGGAAGACCAUGAGACAUUUGUGGACAUUAACCCUUUGACUGGAAUUAUUCUCAAGGCUGCCAAGAAGCUCCAAAUCAACAUUUAUGUCAAAAAAAUUGAUGACUUUAUUGAAACUGGAGACAUUAGAACCAUGGUUUUCCCAGUGAUGUAUAUCAGUGAGAGUGUUCUCAUUGAUGAAGAGAAUGCGAGGCAACUAAAGUCUAUGAUUAACACUGCUAUGAUUGUCACCAACAUCCCCUACAUUGUUAUGGCACUGGGUGUGUUCUUUGGUUUGAUCUUCACCUGGCUGGCGUGUAGAGGACAGGGAUCCAUGGAUGAGGGAACCGCAGAUGAAAGAGCACCCCUCAUACGAACCUAACGGAAGAAACUUAAGCAUCAUCUAAGCAUGAUGUGGGCUCUCCUGAUGUGGACCCUCCCAGGGAAAUCCCAGCGUCCUCAGUCUGUUGGGAGGAGGGUGAAGAUUCAGCAAAUGACAAGAGCAUCCUGAGCAGAGCCUAAAGAGCAGGCUGAUAGGCUGGCUAGUGUGCUUCAUAAAAUCACCUGGUCUCCAAAAUUAUUUUCAUGUGUCUAGCAAGUAUUUAAUAAAUUCUUGUAUAGUACCUUUGAUGUUGGGUUCUGAUAGCUGUAGAAUUUUGUGACUACUAUUGUAGAUAUGCCUUCACAUCACUUGUUAAAGCUACAUGGGAUAACCUUAUUUGGUAUGCUUCUUUCACCUAACUUUGUGAGCAAAACACAUGUGUAUCUCUUUAUGUUGUAUUCUUCCAUUUCAGUCCCUGAAAAGAAGUCAGAGUUCGGAAUGCAGGGUAAAAUGUAGCUUUAUCCUGUACACUGCUGUAAUGAUACAAUGUCCUCUUUUAAAGCAUUAUGUAUUGCUUUUCAGGCUAAUCUUCAGUCUAGAAUUCAUCCAGGAAAAUUAACUAGGUCUUCUGAGUGCUUGUACAAUGUGUAGGAAUCAAGUGGGGAAGGUUCUGGGAUGGGGGUGGGCACCAGUGAGUGGAUAAGGAUUAACUCCUAUGGGUUUCUAAGUAGUGCUUUCAUGAGCCAGGCGAGUGAAUAAAUGUUGUUGGUAUUAAUGCAGAUCUUUUGUGAAGAGAAGAACUAAAAUGUUAGUUAUGACAUCUCUAGACUAUUAGCUGUUAUUUUUAGUCAGAAUUAUCUUGCUAUAGAAAACCUGCUUUGGGGAGAAUGUAAUGGAUGACUGUUUUACAACCCCCCAGUCACCCUGGCCCAAUAUGAUUCUGUACUGAUUACCAUAUAAUAUGGGAUUAUUUGUAAACUUACUAUAGGAAAUCUAUCUGUCAGUAGCCUGAGUUACACACAGACUCAUCACUGCCUUGAUUAGAGUGACAUUUCUUUCUUGCUAACUUUGAUAUUAUUUUGGUAAGUUCUUUCUUCAGAGUUGGUUCUCUCCAAUGUUACGUGUUCAUGAUCACUCACUAAGUAGAGGGAAUUGUGCCCUAAACUUUCUGUGACAAUCAUGGUGCCGAGAAGAUUGCAGAGGGUUUAAAAUAUUGCACAGGACGUUCUUUAAGGAUGAAAGUCCCUUGGGACCAGAAGCAGAGUCACUUCUCUUCAGGAGACUUCUUGGCUUCCAGUAAAACCAAAGGCAGACAACGAGCCACUGUUGGGUCACAAAGUUCAGUUCGCAGGUAUAUUUAAGGGCAUUUUCCUUGAUUCUCUAAGUUCAUCAUGUUUAAUUGAGAUGCUUGUACAGUUUAUCUAGCAGAGUGCUUAUAGAAUUUUCCCAAGAACAGAAUCAUACUUUGGGUUUCAUUUUUGUUGUUUUGUUAUUUAAAAUUGGAAUUUAAUGUAAACAAAUGAAAAAAAUCAGGGAUUUCCCUUACAUAGCUUCUUAUCUAUGUUUGGAGGUCAUAAAUGGCUUUAAUUUCCCAAUGUAAUGCCCCAAUUUUCCUAUGUAUAUUAUAACAUAUGUAAUGUUUUCCCCUUCUUAAAGGGACAAGUCAUUAAACUUUCAACUCUUCUAUAAAUCAAGAUAGAACAGUUACAUACCCUGAUUCACCAAACUGUGCAAAAACUAAACUGAAAAUAUUUGGUCUUCAGUAAUGCCAAAUAUCUAGAGUUUU